AUGUAUCCAUCGCCCUCUAUUGUAAUCAUCGGUGCCGGUCCGAGUGGUCUUCUUUUCGCCCGUCUCCUUGAAGUCAAUGGAUUCAAGAACUAUGUUAUUUACGAACGUGACGAAUCAUCAUCCCCAGGGCCAUGGCAGCAAGGCGGUUCAUUGGAUAUUCACGGCCCGUCGGGUCAGCAGGCACUCAAGGAAGCCGGAUUGUUUGAUGAAUUCAAUGCAGUUUACGCUCGCUGGAAUGCCUCGAAGGUCCGCAUUCUCAGACCUUCCGGUGAAACAUCAAUAUGCUUUGGCGAGGAUCGUAACGCACCAGAGAUUGAUCGGUUGCAGCUACGCCAGCUUCUACUCAACUCUAUACCCGCGCACAAGAUCAGGUGGGAUCACAGUGUGUGCCGUAUUGAAAGGAGUGACAAUGACUCCAGCGAUGGGGCCAAUGGCUACAUCAUUCACUUUAUCAACGGUAACUCGGCCACUGGUUUUAAGCUUAUCGUUGGAGCUGACGGAGGCUGGAGCAAAGUCCGCCCUCUGGUAUCAGCAGCUCAGCCAGUUUAUUGCGGCAAAAUGUACAUUGAGAGCAAAAUCUCACAUAACAACAGAAGUUAUAAAGCAGCCUGCGAGUUGGCUGGCCCCGGCCUGAUGAUGGCGGUGGGUCCAAACCGAAGCCUAGCCAUCCAGCAAUCAGCGGACGGCACGUACAAAAUGUACUUUGGCAUCACUGUUGCUAAAGACUUCUACGAACACCGCAAUGGCGGUGCUACGAAAAAAUCUGAAGCUGUGCGACGAUUGAUGUUGUCUUCAGACGAAUUCUACGCGAAUUGGGCACCGCAGCUGAAAGCUAUCGUAGCUGAUGGAGAAGGACCAUUUCGUGCCUGGAGUUUGCACUAUCUGAGACCGGAAGAGGUGGAUUGGGACCGCGGUGCUGCUCCAGGCGUGACCCUACUUGGGGAUGCGGCGCAUCUUUCAACUCCUUUUGUGGGAGAGGGAGUGAAUUGUGCCAUGUAUGAUGCUGUACUCUUGGUUAAACGCCUCGUUGAGCUUUGUGGGGAGAAUCUCGAUAUUACAAGCGUGCCAGCGUCAAAAUUGGAAGAGGCCCUUGCUUUAUACGAAAAAGAAAUGUUUGAACGUGGGCGGGACUUGAUACGGCGCAGUAAGAAAAGUGAAGCAAUGCUUUUCGACGAAAAUGGGGAGAACUUCCUUGCCUCGAUGCGUGGAGAACGCGAGAAGCUGAUCUAUGACGGGAGAACUUCCACGCGUACCUAA